AUGGUUGAUUUUGGAAAAGCUGCGAUUAAUGCGAUUCAAAGUGUUUUUACCAACACAUCAGUUUGUGGGUGCUUUUUUCAUCUAUCGCAAAGCAUUUGGAGACGCUUGAAAAAUUUAGGAUUCCAAAAAAGGUACAUGGAAGACUCGGAAUUUGCUUUGCAAAUUAGAAUGAUGGCAGCACUUAGUUUUGUACCAGAAGAGGAUGUAGAAAAUGCUUGGAAUGAACUACUGGAAUUUUAUUCACUGAACGAAGAAAUAAUAUACUAG